AUGUGGGAACACCGGAACUCGGUGCAACAUUUGGAGGACAACGUACAGCUACGCGAACGUAGCCAAUUGGUGAACGACGGGAUACACUCUCAGUUUGAUAUGGGCCCAACCGACCUCCCCAAGGUACUAGUUCAACGCAUGCUCGCUGUGAAACGCCGAACAGUGUUGAAGAAGCCGCUGGUCGAUAGGGAAGAGUGGCUGAAGUUGGUUAGAAUGGAAGGCACGGCCUACCGCCGAGCUCUGGCGCCUCAACGCCGUAUCCUUCACCGCUUCUUCCACCCGGCCCAGGCCCCCUAA